AUGCCUCCUGGGGGCAGCAAAGAGCCGAAGUCUCUGACGCGAGCCGACUUUGACAACCCUGAUGUUCUCAAUGCCGUUAACCCGCACCCAAGAUAUGGAUACUUCCAUGGUCCCAUUCACGACGUAAAUCCUGGCUGGAAGCCAAAGGCUUGGAUUGACCGCAACGGCGGCCCAGGACAGUGGAAACCCGUUUCCUGCCGGGAUGUCGACAAGGAGUACCACACGCCGACGGGCCCUGCCAACGAGAUGGCUCUCCUCAGCCGCGCGCAUAGUCUCACCUGUAGUGUUCUCGCGACAGAAAUUCCACUGCUCAAAGGUCAAGACAUCAGUGGACUCAAUAUUAUGUGCGGCACUACUUGCAAAACCCUCGAAAGCUUGCGCAAGCAUAUUCGCAAUAUACAUACCGGGGCUAUUAUCACGUCCUUCUCACGUAAGCAGGUCGAAGGCGAGUUCCAGGCAGGCGAGAACGCACUCAAAAAACUAGUUUUGACGGGUGGCUGGCGCCAGGCGAGGUUCAUGUAUGAGCCGAACUACGGUGAGGGCAAGAUCAGGGAAUACUGCGAUGCUCUUGAAAAGAUUGCUGCCGACGACCAGGACUUUGCCAGCAAGUAUGGACGAUCCUUCCAUCGAGACAUUGUUCGCCAAAUCGAGGCUGGCAAGAAGUCUCUGAAGCAUGGACCCUGGUCUCGAUACCAAGGUGACCAAAAGGAGUCUGGCGGGCUUGUGCUCGUCAAGGAAACUUCUGGCAAGACCAUGGAGAAUCCUGAAAUAUGGUCUUCUUCCUCUGAAGCUUUGGUCACAUCCCGAACUGGGAUUCCUCGAUCUAUUUCGUCUCCGUCCGUGGUUCAUACGUCGAUGAUUCCUCCCAUGGACUCGCUUGUUCCUCCGGUGACUGUCCCUCGCGCAAUGCCUCGAACUAUUUCUUGUCCGUCCGUGGCCGCCCCCAUGACGAUGGCCGCCCCGCCGUUGCCCUUCUCUGUCCCUGGAGCUCGCCAUUCUCGAUCUGUGUCCUAUCCGACCAAGCCUCCCUUUAUGCCAGUUCCGGCUGAAGUAUCUCCAAUCCCUCCGGUUGUGCCAAUGGCCCUUGGACCGGGAAUGUGUCGAAUGCCCCGAUCUGCGUCUGCUCCCAAUGUGGCUCGAGCUACUCGUCCUUUGCCUGCCUCGGCUCCGGUGACCCCCCGAAAGGCACGUUCUCGCGCCCAAUCUCUGACUACGCCUCCUUACAGAGCCUCGCCUCGUAUCGCACGCACACGCGCCCAGGGACCCGUGUUAUCAAAGGCAGGUGAGUACAUUACUUCUCUGAUGGCUGGUAAAACUCCAAGUCACUACACCGAUAUGAUUGCACUUGGAACGAAUCUUAGCGCUGUGCCUGAGCAUCCCUCUGUGGAGAGUCCACAGGGGGCAGCUGAUCAGGCCAUGCCUGAUCCGUUUAGUCAUUCUUUUGGUGGCGACGAUGUCUUCAUGGAAGUUUUGAAGGGUCCCGGCGACCAGACCGUUCCUGCUCCUGCUGGCAAUUAUGUCGUAUCGGCUCUAGAUGAUGAAGAUGCCUUCAUGAAGUCUUUGAUGGAGACAGGCAUUCAGCCUGUGACUGCUACCGCAGGCAACGAUGUCUUCACGGAUACUUCGAACGAGGGUACCGACCAGCCCAUGUCAGCUCGCAUGAAAGACGAUGCCUUCUGGAAGACUUUGAUGGAGACUGAUAACCUGCCUGUUCCAGCUGGCCAUUAUGUGCUCAUGAAUACUCCCAAUGAGACUGGCAGCCUUCCUGUGCCUUCUAACAUUGACGACGAUCUCUCCCUGAACACAUCGAAGGAAAUCAACGACCGGCCCUUGCCUGCUCCCGUUGGUCAGAAUAUAUUCAUGAAUACUCCCAAGGAGGCUGAUUGCCUGCCUAUUCCUCCUACCGUUGACUGCAAUGUAUCGAUACCUCCGAUGAACUGGCACGAUACACAGCAGAAGAAAACAUCGAACAAGAGAGCUGAUCAGUCAGACAAUCUGCUCAAUCCUGCUGCUGUAAUCCAAGGAAACCAUUCAGUAGUGAUCGGUUCGGGUGAUCCAUCCAGGAUCGUACGCAGCAGUACCCAGUCUGGCCAGUCUGUCAGUCAUCAUGAAAUCCCUCUUCCCGGUCACUGGCCGCCCCUGUCUACUCACUCCAAUUUUCCUGAGCCGUCGCUGGAUCAUAGAGCCGGUAAGUCUGACAGCCAGCUUAUCGCCGCUUCUGUCCUCGAAAAUGCCCCUGACAGUCAAUUUGAUGUACUUGAACCAAACCAGAACAAACUUGGCCCUACUGGACCUUGCGGCAAGACCCAUACAUAUACUUCCUCGGAUGGAAUCCCUACAAGUACAAGAAACAUCGCACCACACAGCCCCGACGCUGGUGGGCCCGACUUUGAUUCCGAGAUUGAGGCACUCUUAUUCACGGAUCCCUUGGAGGGGAAUGAGAUGUUGCAUUAUGGGGAUACCACUGAGGAGGAUAAUUUUGAGCAUGACGGCCUUUUCAAUCGUUUUGAUCCCGCGGUAAGUGCCAGUGAGAAGCAGCCAAAUUUGAGGGCCUCCGAGACAGACCAUUAG